AAUAUGGCAAGGAUAACAAUUGAGAGCAAAUGCAGAUUCUCCUCAUAAUUGAGCUAGCGAGUGACCUUGAUUCUCUUGCAGGCGCGCGGCAUGCGGGGAACCGUAAGCCAUGGCGACUACACUUUUCGAUUUUAAGAAGAAAAGUAUGAUAAAAAGAGAAGGAGAAAGGCAGGGUUUUCGGGACCUAAAGUCGAAGAUUCAAACCACGUAAAGUUUUAGGACCACGGAGAAAAUGAAAGAAAACGCUGGAGCUUCGGACUCGAGGCACAGAGAAGAGCGGGAAAGCAUCCAGUGCUAACGACGGAGGUUCCAGCUUUCAACGCAUUUCACUCAGCACGGAUGAAAACGUUCGUCAAGCAGUUCCAACAGUGCGGUGAAUCCACAACCUACCACCGUGUACAUGAUGAUUCAGGGAUAGAUUGCAGAGUAGGAGCUGACAGAGAAGGUGUAAUUGACUUGAGGAAUUGCCUUCCUCCGGCGGAAAUGUGAGCUAAUUUGGAAAGCAGAGCAACGAAGGAAGAACUGCGAAUUCUAGGCUGAGCACUCCCAGGGAAAUGGAAGAACCUUUGCAAGAGCCUGUCGAAUGGCACACAUUCGGCAGAAGAAUGACAAGCACAGACAGAAGGGUGAAAGCGAGGUCCGGAAAACAGAUAUGGAAGUGGCUCAAAUUCAUGGUAAGUAAAUUCAGCAGAGUCAUAAAGCUUUUGAAAUGCGACCGCACAUCCGUGACCCGCGGAUGGCGACCAUUCCCGAUGUUGGCGAGGAUCGGGCAACUCGACCUGCGGAGCGCCAAAACCAAAGUGGUCGAGCUAAAGGUCGAGCAAAGCGCCAGAACGAUGGAACCGCAGCCGGAGGCCAAAGGAGAGGAGCCCGUCGCCGCACCGCCCACGAAACCGAGACGCCGCUGGAUCCGACGCAUAACGAUCAGAGUGAACCGAAAGAGCGUUCAUAAACGAGGAUUGACGGAGGUCGACGCCGAGACUCGACGGGCGAGGCUGACGAGAAAGAGGCGAAGAGUGGCCCGAGGCUGGGUCCGACAGCAGCACGAGAAUUCGGACACGGAGGGGGCCCCGGGCACGAGCGGCGGGCGCAGGAGCGGCUCCCGAUACGGGCCGAGCGGGAGGAGCAACUCGUCGCCCGACGCGCGCCACGGGUCCGGGCCCGGGCCGCAGGCGGAGCCGGCGUGCCAGACCCUGGUGACAUACCACACGCACAGCGGCGGGAGGCAGAAACCGGCGCCGCUCGACGAAGCGGCUCCGCAGCAGCUGCCGGACGAGCUGGUGGAGAAGCUGCUGGCAUGGCUGCCGGUCACCAGCGCUCUGCGCUUCCGGGCCGUGUGCAAGCGGUGGCAGUCGAUCCUGUCGCCCGAGGGCUGGCGGAGCAUGUUCGACAAGCCCCCGGCCUGGAGCCCGUGCACGGGCUUCUUCUCGAGCGCGCCCGGGCGGCGCGAGUGCGCCUUCUUCGACUCGGGCGCGCAGCGCUGGGCCACGCUGGACCUGGGCUUCCUGCCGCGCGCGGCCUGCCGCCUGCUGUCCGCCAGCGGCGGCCUGCUGUGCCUGAGCCACGCGGGCGCGUGCAGCUGCGUCUUCAUCUGUAACCCGAUGACCAAGUCGUGGCGGGAGUUGCCGGCGUUCCACCAACGGCGGCGUCGCCCUGGGACCAUGCUCGUGCACCUGCUGGUGGACACGGCCUCGCUCUCGUACAAGGUGAUCGUGAUCGGGCACCCCUCGUGCUCGGCCCCGUCCGCGGCCGCGGCCUCCGUGACGGAGGUGUACGACUCCCGCACCGGCGCCUGGACGGCCGUGGCCAACAUCCCCUCGAGCGGCUGCAUUCUGUCGCCCUCCGUCGCCUUCCGCAACGGCAUCAUCUACUGCCUGACGGAGAACCCCACGGGCCUUCUGGCCUUCAACAUGGCGCGCAAGGUCUGGAGGCGGCUCGAGAUCAAGAGCCACUCGCGCGUCCUCUGCGUCCUCGAGCACAACGGUCACAUCCUCAUCGUGGCGCGCCUGACCGCGCGCGUGACCAGGCUCGGCAUCUGGCGGCUGCGCGAGACGUUCCCGCGCGUGUGGAUCAAGGUGGCGCUCAUGCCCGUCGAGCACGCGUUGUAUUUCCUGCUGAGCGGCAAGUUCUGCUGCUUUGCUCAGGGCGAUUGCAUCUGUUUUGCCAGCCCCCGGCGCACGCGGUGGCUGCUCUUCCACAUCCGCGAGAGAUCGUGGACGUGGGGCUCUCCUGCCCGCGUGCUGGAUCCGGACUGUUACAACAAGUGGUUUUUCUACGAGCCUAGGCUGGACAUUGAAGCUUGACGAUUCGGUCUUCCGCCGCAAUUCGAAGCGAAGCAUUUGAAGCCGCAGUGCCAGUGGAGGGCACAGCUUCGGGGGAGUAUUGCGCGAAUCGACUUGAAUCUCGGCGAUGUUUUGUAAAACAUGACAUCGUUGGGCUCCUAACCUCAACGGGGAAUGAAGUGAUCGCACAGCAGAGGAGAAAUCUGAGCGCCUCACUCUCGGUCGAAGAAAGGGCUUGUAUCGCCAGCUGGAUUUCCCGACCUCCAGUCAUCUGGCAUUU